UGUGCGUGUUCUUUUGAGUAGGCCUGUGAAAGGGUUGGUGUGGAGAUUCCACGUUUCUGCUAUCAUGACCGUCUCUCAGUGGCCGGCAAUUGCCGAAUGUGUCUGGUGGAGGUUGAAAAGUCACCAAAGCCUGUUGCAGCAUGUGCCAUGCCGGUGAUGAAGGGCUGGCGUAUAAAAACCAAUUCGCCAGCAACAAAGAAAGCUCGGGAGGGAGUGAUGGAGUUUCUUCUUGUCAAUCAUCCUCUGGAUUGUCCAAUCUGUGAUCAAGGAGGUGAAUGUGACCUUCAGGAUCAGUCGAUGGCGUUUGGAAGUGAUCGCUCUCGCUUCACCGAUAUUGCUUUUGAGGGGAAACGUGCGGUGGAGGACAAGGAGAUUGGUCCAUUGAUCAAGACGAUCAUGACACGCUGUAUCCACUGUACCAGAUGUAUUCGAUUCGGUAACGAGAUUGCUGGUGUUGAGCAGCUGGGCACUACAGGCCGAGGUGGUGAUAUGCAGGUUGGAACGUACAUUGAGCGUAUGUUCAAGUCAGAGCUGUCAGGGAAUGUAAUCGACUUGUGUCCAGUUGGCGCCCUCACAUCCAAGCCCUAUGCGUUCAUGGCCAGACCAUGGGAACUAAGGCGCGUGGACUCAGUGGAUGUGUUUGAUGCAGUGGGAUGUAACAUCAGUGUUAAUACACGCACCGGUGAAGUCAUGCGUGUCCUGCCACGUCUCCAUGAGGAUAUCAAUGAAGAGUGGAUCUCCGACAAAUCAAGAUUUGCUUUUGAUGGCUUGAAGCGUCAGCGCCUGACCACUCCUAUGGCCAAGGAUGACAAUGGACAGCUGGCCGUGGUUGGAUGGGCGGAAGCCUUACAUCAGAUUUCCAGCCAGCUUUCCACUCUAAGUGGUAAUGAAGUGGCUGCUGUUGCCGGUGCUAUGAUGGAUGCUGAGUGCUUGGUGGCAGCUAAAGAUCUCCUGCACCGAUUCGACUCUGAAUGUCUGUAUACGGAGGAGCCAUUCCCAGUGGCUGCUGGCGGAUCGGACCUGCGAUCCAAUUAUCUGCUCAAUUCAGGAAUUUCUGGUGUGGAGGAAGCUGAUGUCUUGCUGCUGAUUGGAACCAACCCCCGGUUUGAAGCACCUCUGUUCAAUGCACGCAUCCGAAAAAGCUGGAUACACAAUGACCUGAAUGUAGCCAUGAUUGGGUCAAAGGUGGACUUGACCUAUGACGUUGAGCAUCUCGGUGACAGUGCCACCGUGCUUCGUGAUCUAGCACAAGGCAAGCAUCCCUUUUCCAAGGUGUUGCGUGAUGCUAAACGGCCGAUGGUCGUGGUGGGAAGUGUACCGUUUCAGCGCUCUGAUGCUGACUCUGUCUUUUCGCUGGUUAACCAAGUUGCUGCACUGGGACGUCAGGGUGCUGAUUCGGGCUGGCGAGUGCUCAACGUCUUGCAUCGGGUUGCAAGUCAGGUGGCUGCUUUAGACAUUGGUUAUCGCACACUUAUACCUGAGAACCUGAAGAGCGUCAAGCUGCUCUACCUGCUGGGUGCUGAUGAACUGCCCGACAAGUUGAGAGAACGUGUUUCUAAAGACUGCAUGAUCGUCUACCAGGGUCACCAUGGAGAUGCCGGUGCAGCAAUCGCUGACGUCAUUCUGCCGGGUGCGGCGUACACGGAGAAAACAGCUACGUUUGUAAAUACUGAAGGCCGCGCUCAGCAAACUAGAACUGCUGUAACUCCACCGGGCCUGGCUCGUGAAGAUUGGGAAAUUGUGCGAGCACUUUCAGAAAUCAGUGGUGUGACGCUGAAGUACAGUGAUUUGAAUGAGAUGCGAGCACGCCUCAAUGAGAUCUCUCCCAGCUUGCUGCGCUAUGGUGAUGUGGAGCUGGCUAACUUCUUCUCGCUGGCCAGCUCACUUGUCUCCUCGGCCAAGUCCUCAUCUGCCGCCGCCUCUUCCACUCAACCACUUGCUCCAGAGCUGCAGACGCUGGCUGAUUUCUACAUGACUGACGUGAUCAGUCGUUCAUCUCCCACCAUGGCAAAGUGUGUUUCAGCCGUCAACACCAUGUCAUAAGCAUACCGCCACCGUGGCAUCUUGCACUGGGCCAAAGACUUGGCUCUGUCUCUGCGGACAAGGUAAUCGAAACCUCUAUCCUUCAUUGUCUUCCAUUGUCCUUCCUUCUCCAUGAGAGUAAGAGCAUGGCAGUACCCAGUGUGCUGCUGCAAGAACAGGCCCGUUGUUCUUGCUGUGUUGCUUCACUGCCUCCUCAAACACACUGUCACUUGCCGUACUCUAAUGAGUAAUGUCUCCGUUGUACUUGUCAACAUCGUAUAUUGUAAAUAGUGUCAAUCUGCCGUGCUUAUCAAAUUAUCAUAUUUUGUGUAAGAAUACUGUUAUGUACUUGUAUGUAAUUUAUGCUUCGGUCUACUAGUAUUCGUACAUGCAUGAACGCGCAUACACGGUGCAUAGUAUUGCUACAAGCAUUAUGUCAUUUUAAAAUACAUGCUUGUGUUGUAUGGCUGUGCCCAUACCCUGGUGUGUUGUAUGGCUGUGCCCAUACCCUGGUGCCUGAAACCAGCAUCAUAGUAGAAUGUUUGCUUUUAUUUGAGCAAGGGCAGGUUGAAGGGUAGUCAGUGUGGAUCAUGUACAUUUGGCAAUGUUGCCAUUGCUUCUGCUUUUAUGAAUGCUGUUGCUGUUGUUGCUGCUAUUGAUGAUCGGAUGAUGACGCUGAUCAUAAAUUAAUCAGUGAUGCUGAUGAUUGUAGCUAUUGCUGCUCUUGUGCACAUGACCCAGGCCCAGGUUUGUAGUGUUUUGAUUGUGAACUAAAACAAUUUCCUAGCAAGUUUUUGGCUCUUUACUCCCAUAACGAAUUACAGUUGUGGCGGGUGCUGUCCAGACCAGUACGGCACUCUUUUUUAUUUAGUUUUAGCACCGCAAAUUGAUUUUGAUGGCAUUCAAAAUAAUAUGUAGAGUAAACUUGAAGCAUA